AUGUCAUCACCAUCCACAUCUACAUCCCCCUCUCAUUCCUCCAUGAAAUCAACCUCAGUAGCAAACGAAGAGCUUAAAUCACAGCAGAACCAACAACAUACAAACAUAAUAAAUGCUAUAUCAGGUGAUUCGUUCAAUCUAAACCUUUCAUAUUUCAUAUCCUUCCAUGAUCUACUAAAUUGUCUCAAUAAAAGAUGGAGAAUACCAAAGGAUCAAUUAUUCAUAUUAUUACCCUUUGGAAUAAGAUUGACUUCUGAUUAUUAUAACACUAAUAUAAUAAAUAAAUAUAAGAAUAACCAAGAUGAUGCGCACGAGAAUACUAUUAAUGAAAUUUAUGUCUUUGAUAGAAGAUUUUUCUGUAUAUCAAAUGACCCUUCAUCUAAACCAUCAUCCUUCUCCUUCACUUCAUCAUCUUUUACUCAUUCAUCCAUACCUUCUCAAAAUGUGAAUAAAGGUGGAAAUAUUGAUAAGGAGAGCAAUGAUUUGAUAUUACGUUCAGAAACCUUAUUAGGAAAACUACUACCAGAAUUAGAUAUAACAAUGGUAAAACCAUUACCAUCACCAUUAAUGAAUCAUCAUCAUUCUCCCCAUCUUCGCGUUGAUAAUGAUGAUAAUGAUGAUAAUGAUCAUGACAACAACAUGGAAAAAUUGGACUAUCAUUCUUUAACAAGUUUAUUAACAACAAAUUUGGGUUGGUUAAGUGCUUUAGAAAUUGACGUUUAUUAUUUUGAAAAAUUAAUUGAGGAAACUAAAUCUCAAAUUAAGAAAAUUAUAAACAGUAAUAAUAUUUGUGAAGAAUUCUUAAAAGUUUAUUCAUUUGAUGUGGAGAAACUAUUUGAUUCUAAUGUCUUGUUUUUCAAUCAAUUGAACUCUUCAUCAGGUGAAAUUAUUGAAAAUUGGGAAUCAUAUUAUGAUACCGUACUAGGUAGCUUACCUAUCCAAACAAUGUCCUCAUCAGAAGGACAAAGUACUCUACAAUCAUUUGUCGAUCCCUCCACAUUGAAACAAGAUUAUCAAUCCCUGACGAAAUUAGAUUCUAAAAUUAAUAAAAAUUUAACAGACAUGAAAGAAAAGAUUGGAUCUAGUAUUAAUUCUAAAAAAUUUAUUAAUUCAAACAUUAUUGCAUUAAGAAAUAAUUUCAAAUUGGAUGAACAAAAAUAUGCUCUAGAGGAGAAAAUGUUAACAAAGUUUAAAGAAAGAAUAGAUAAGAUGAGAUCACGAAUUAGAUCCAUCUUGAACAACAAUGAUUCUGAUGCUGCUGCUGCUGCUGCUGCUAGUGAAAAUCCAAAGAAUAAUAAUGAUGAUAAUUACGAAAACAACAACACAGACACCCUUACAAAAAUGAAGGAAAUUAUAUUAGAAGAUAAAAAUGAAAAUUGUAAAACGUUACUAACUAUUGCUGUAGCGUUAUAUUCACAAACUGAACAAUUAUUUAACUUGAAAAAAUCAUUACAAAUCAAUUCCAUCAUUUUAUUGGGACAAAUUUCCUUCAUUCAAUUGAAAACUUUAGAAAUUAAAGUUUUCUUAUUAAACGAUUGUAAUGAAGAUUUAAGAAAUUAUCAAAAUUUAGAAAUUAAAUUCGCUAAUAUGAAUGAUUUACCAUUAAUUUAUGGAUUAUAUCUAAUUGAACAAUUACGAAUUUCAAAUUGGUCAGUGGAAAUGUUUUCCUUCAUCUUAAAUUAUUCAAUUCAAUUAGAAAAAUCUUUAAAAGAUGAAAAAUUGAAACAAUCCAAUUGGAAUGACAAAUUUCAAUCUUUCUUAAAGAAUUUCAAAAUUUUACAAAGUAAUGAUUCCUCGUCGUCCUUCUCCUCUUUUUCUUUAAUCACAUUAAAAGAACUUAAUUCAUUCUUUAAAAAUGGUAUACCUGAAUCCAUUAAAUCUUUGAAACGGAAAAGGCAAUCAAUCUUACUAAAUAAUACUACUUUAUCGAAUGAUUUAGAGAAUUAUAUAACACAAUUGAAAAAGACAACAGUUUCUAAAAAUGUUACUGAUUUAUUAAUGCAAAACCUAAAUUCAAUUAAAAGUGAAACAUCAAGCAAAACUUUGUUUCCAGAUAAAUCGUCAACUAUAUCAUCAACAACCGUCCCAUCAGAUGUUGUUUCCUCCAUAAAAAAUUAUCAACAUAGAAUCAAAAAAUUGGAAUCAAUAUUACAUGAAAUUAAUUAUACAAAUUAUAACAAAUGGCCAGCUGGUAUACUUAAAAAUGUGGCAAAUACAACCAGUACAGUUAAUACGACAAAAAAUAAUAAUAAUAGUAGUAGUAGUACCGUGAUUUUAUCUCCAACUAUAUCAAGAAAUCCAUUUAAUGAUAAUAUUCCCACAAUAAACGAAAAAUUAGCAGUGACAAAUUCAACUUUAAUCCUUCGUAACACAAAAUGCAUAGAGGAUGACAGUAAUAGCAACAACGACACCAAUGAUACCAAUGAUUCUGAUGAUGAUAAUGAAUAUGAAUAUGAAUAUGAAAGAUUUCCAUCUUUGAAGGUAACAAUUUUACAAAAUGAAAUUAAUGAAUUGAAAAACCAAGUAACCUCGCUAAAUGAUGAACUCACUUCGAAAGAUGAAAAAAUUCAUUUAAUAAGUUCUCAAAAAGUUGAUUUGAAUCUAGAAUGUAAAGCCUAUAGAGAAACUUUAACAAAAUUAAAUGAAGAAUUAUCCAAAAUCAUCAAUGAUAAUGAUUCAAAAGAAAAAAUCCAAUUGAAUAAAGAUAUGGAAUAUAAAGAACAACUUCAAACUAUGAUGACGAAAAAUAAUCAAUUGAUUGAUGAAAUUUCUUCAUGGAAAGAUAAACAUAUUUCCAAUGAAUUCAAAAUUAACUCAUUAUCAGAAGAAAUUGAUAUCUUGAAAACAUCUAAAAAUGAUUUGGAAGCAAAAUAUCAGACCAAAAUUACAAAUCUUGAAAAUGAAUUAGAUAAAUUUAAAAAACAAAAGGAAACAAUUGAGCUUGCAAACGAGAAGGAUGAACAAAAAGAUGCUGCUGAAGAAAGUCUUGUAAAGACCGUAGAUGUUGGUACCUGCACGGACGUUAAUGUAGUAGAUGUUGGAGUUGCAACUUAUGAUAACAACCCCCAAAAGGAUGUUGAUGUUUCCCUCCAAGAUAAGAAUGAAUCCGAACGAAAACAGAAUGAUAAUGAGAUAUCAAGUGGAACUCCUUCGCAUCUAUUACACUUAAACAAUGUUAACGAAAACAUUCAAAAGACAUUAUUUGAGAUUUUUUCAUCAAACAUCAAUAUAUUGGAAAACAUUGGCCUAUUGCUUACAUCUGAUAAUGAUGAUACCCAUCAUGGGAAUGGUGAAAAGACUAUGCAUAUUAGAAGAGUUAAAGGACUUCGAAAAAAUGGAUUACAUAGUAUUAUGGGUGAUGGGAAUAGUAGUACCCAAAUUUUUGAUAUUAAUCAACCUAUCAAGAGUGCCAUUUACCAAGAAAUUAAUGCAAUUUUCAAUAAUAUUAUAAACAACCAUGAUCAGGAUGUUGAAGAAUCUCAAAGAUUGACAAAUGAGCUAAUGACAUUUAUCCAAAAAAUUUAUGAUAAUAAUUUUUAUGAAUCAGCUGUAAUUAGAAGAUUUAAAGAUAUAGAAAUGUUGGCAAAGAGAUUAACAAAGGAAAAUAAACUAAAAAAGGCCUUAUUAGAUAAAUUCCAAAAGGAAAGAAUUACUUUGAAAGAUUUCCAAGUAGGGGAUUUAGCUUUAUUUUUACCUACGAGAGAAAAUAUUUCGUCGAUGGGAAAAAUUGAUUCUGCUCCAUCUUCAAUGAAUUCUUCUUUUUCUUCUGUGGAUCUAUCAACACCUCCACCUUUUAAAACCGAAACAACUCUUUCAACCCAUAAUAAUAGCAAUACCGAUGCCAGCCCGGUAAAGAAUGGAAUGACUAAUCUAAGUGUUCCCGAUGUGGUAUCUCAUCAUAAAGUUUUUAGACCAUGGGCUGCCUUUACUGCAUUUGAUGAAUGCACGAGAUAUUUCUUGAAAGAUAAUAAUGAAUUAACAUCUAAUAAAGAAUGGUUUGUUGGUCAAAUCCUCACAAUGCAAAAGUUUGUAGUUGGACCUACCACUUACAAUCCAUUCAAAUUACCAAUUGGUUCGAUUUGGAUUCAAGUUACUGCCAAGCUUAUUUCAUGUCAACAAUAA